AUUCGCAGUAGUGAGGGUAUGGCUGAUGCUGAGCAAUCGCAGUCAUUGAUUCCUUUCUUAUGUGCAUUGCGCAGUACAGUAUGUUGAAAUCUGUUAGUUGCAUCCAUAUCUGCGGACACGUCCCACUCACAAUCAAGCCCUCGAUCUUUAAAGUGGAAGAUAAUGACUGGAACAUAUAAAUGGGCAGAUUAGAGCACGACUCCACAUCCCACAGCUCUCAUAUAUACCCUCAAGAUGGGCGCAAUGCUGCUGCUCCUGGGUGCUUUGGCCAUCUUCAUAAACCCAUUACAUGGAGAGGAGGCAUUCCAAUACACGAACACAGGAUACAAUGGAGAAACCGUUUACCACACUGUGAAUAUUAAUGAGCAAAUCAAAAUUGCUGUGUUUAAUGUCUACUCUGGACGACAGACAUCCAAUGCUGUCUUUGAUUACAGCCAGAACAUAGUUGCCUACCACAUGCCAUACAGAGGCAUCUGUGUAGUGGCACACAUGGAUAUCGCCACCUUCCCAGACCUCGGACGCUUGGAGGCGCUAAUUCACACCAAGAGGGACAGAGAGAAGGACCUGGAGGACCUGCACAAGCAUUACUUUGUCAGUAACCAGCAGGUGAAUGACCUUUCUCAGUUUGGUAACGCCGUGCAAGGUCUGUGCUGGGGAAUUCCAACCUACUGGGCCCGCGAGUAUGCCACCCCAACGGAAGGAAUAGGAGCUCAAGGCUGCGCUGGUAUCCACUUUCUCUGUAUCCAUGUUGGGCUGUGCGCAGGUUUCCACCUCUUCUAAUCUGCCCAACGACUGCAGACAUUCUGGUGCUGUCCACACUCCCAACCUCAUCCUAAUACAAUGAAUAUUCAGCUUCCAUGGCUGUCUGUCUGUACUGUGUGUACUGCAAUCAAAGUGUUUCUAUAGCCAGUAACCUGUCCUGGCCAGUAACUGUGUCUGAGAUACACCAGCUAUUACUCCAGAUCAAUAAAGAUAUAUUUCCAGUA